AUCAAACAAUUGAUCACUGCACAAACUUUUCUCUGCUAAAUAAAUAUUUGUAUCUUGCUAUUUACAUGCAAAAAUGGCUCUUCAAAAGAAUAUUUUUUCCUUUAUUAUUUUCAUUCUUUCUAUAGUUUCGUGUUGUAUUAGUCUUCGCGAUGAUUUACUUGAUAAUUAUCUCCAAGAAGAAUCUGGUUAUGAUUUUCAAGCUUACCGUUCGUAUUUUAGCCCCGUUGAAGGCAUCAAACUACAUAAUUCGGCCAAAAUAGAGACCGAAUAUUCUGAUUUCAAGAAGUCUCGAAUACUUGCAGCGUCAGCUAAGACGAUUAAUGUACAGAGGUUUGGAGCUAAAGGCGAUGGAAGAACUGAUGAUGGCAAGGCUUUUCAGAAAGCAUGGGAGGAAGCUUGUUCAUCCUACUCAGCUGUUAACUUUUUGGUGCCUCAGGGAAAAAAUUAUCUUCUCAAACCAAUUAAAUUCUCAGGUCCUUGUAAAUCUCAAAUAAAAAUUCAGAUUAUUGGAACACUGGUAGCUUCUGAUGAUCGCUCUGACUACAGUAACGAUGGAAGGCACUGGCUUCUUUUUGACAGUGUCCAAAAUUUAAUUGUUGAAGGUGGUGGCACCAUCAAUGGCAAUGGAAAUGUGUGGUGGAAAAAUUCCUGCAAAAUAAAUAAAGCUAAGCCAUGCAAGGAUGCUCCAACGGCCUUAACCUUCUACAAGUGCAGAAACUUGGUAGUGAAGAACCUGAAGAUCGAAGAUUCUCCACAAAUUCAUCUGUCUUUUGAAAAUUGCAUGAAUGUUGAAGCAUCAAAUCUUGUGGUGAAUGCUCCAGAGAAAAGUCCCAAUACUGAUGGAAUCCAUGUUACUAGAACUGAAAACAUUCAAAUUUCCCAUUGUAAUAUAGGAACAGGUGAUGACUGCAUUUCAAUAGUAAGUGGAUCGAAAAAAGUCCUUGCUACGGACAUAAUUUGUGGACCUGGCCACGGAAUCAGUAUCGGAAGCUUAGGAUCUAGAAAUUCAGAAGAUUAUGUCUCAGAUGUCGUGUUGAAUCGAGCAAAGCUUUCUGGAACAACAAAUGGGGUCAGAAUUAAAACCUGGCAGGGCGGAUCUGGAAGUGCAAGUAACAUCAAAUUUCAAAAUGUGGAGAUGCAUAAUGUAAAGAACCCUAUAAUCAUAGACCAAAGCUACUGCGAUCAAUCGAAACCAUGUAAAGAACAGAGUUCAGCUGUGCAAGUAAAAAAUGUUGUGUAUCAAAACAUUAAGGGAACAAGUGCUUCGAAUGUAGCAAUUGAUUUUGACUGCAGUAAGAAGUAUCCGUGCCAAGGGAUUGUGUUACACGAUGUGAAUUUGGUAGCGGAAGGAGGUGGAUCAGCUAAAGCCAAAUGCAACAAUAUCAAUUUGAAGAAUAUCGGAACUGUUACGCCCCGGUGCUCUUAGACAAGUAAUGUAACAUAAAUGCAGGACACAUUAGGGUUUUGUAAAUUAUAGACAUACAGUCAAAUACAUUGCAUUUCUUCGUCCUCUAUAUAUUAGAUCGCAUGGAAUUCAAGAAGGUUCUUUCAGUCAUGGCUACUCAAAAAUUUCAAUGAGGUUUUAUGGGUAGUCUGGACUGCAAACACGACUCUUUGUUUUUCAUGGAUUCUUUGUAGGGAUAGCACUAUUGAUGUAUAUAGAUCUGAAAAAUAAAAUUCAUUCAAUAUCUGUUUGAAGAAAAAUAAGGUCGAUUGCCACCUAAAGGAUAAUAUAUAUCCCUCCUUGUUAGAAUUGUAAUAAUCUUCGCUUAUGAAUAAAAUACACAUGAUCCUGAUGUUUGUAUGUUGGAGAAUGUUUGCAUUUU